AUGGCUGCCAAUUCGGAGCCAGCGAUUCCUCGACAGUCUACCAAGCCAACCUCAGCAGGUUUCACGAGCAAUGACGGGGAGACGCAAGCUACGAAUUUGAGAGUCUGUGAUACUUGCAUACGCAAGAAAGUGAAGUGUGCCUUCCUUGGUUCUCAGCCUGAAGAGCUUCAUGGGUGGGCACUUGUUCUACCGAGGAAGAAGACCUCUAACACCGCUAUUCCCGCCAGCGUCUUGACGUUCUUCGAUAUUCUCCAAGAUGCCAACCCCAUCUUCUCCCGAAGCCGCUUUCUUAACAACUAUCGCCAUUCACUCUGUGAUAGUGGCCUUAUAUCUACGAUCACCACGAUUAGUGCGAGGCUCACUAAGUCUUUGUCGCUCCAAGAGAGCGUUGCCGUGGAUGACCGGAUUGAUCUGCUGCUGAGCUCAACAGCAGUACAGGACAACCUGUUCUCUGAUACCCCAGUACUUGAUCAAUUUCGCAAGUCAUGUAUACUCGCCGUUUAUGAAUUCCAUCAGUUCCCGGGACAUCAGUCCUGGAUGCGGAUCGGCGCUUUGACGCGCAUGGCCCUUCGUGUUGGACUUGAUCAGCUGCAGAAUCCGCGCUCAUUACAGCCUGAGUGGAGCGCCGUGAGCGAGGAAGACUUGGACGAAUGGCGCGCGAUCUGGUGGUGCAUCUAUCGCCUGGACUCUUACUCAAACCUUUCAUCGGGAACACCAUAUCUCAUUAGCGAACAUCUCGUCACCACCGCCUUCAUUCUGCACGAUCCGCAACAGUCUCCGCCUCUCCAAGACAACUGUGGCGUACUGCUAGAUGAGCAAUGGCUGAUAAGCUGGCAAGAAGUCCUCGAGAUCUGUCAAAACAUUGCUUGCAUUGCUGAACAAUGGGACAGCUCGUUCUGCGUGAAGGUUGAUCCAGCCAUCUCAUUCGUAGUGUUCACUACACUUGUCUUCCUCGAUAUCCAUGGGAAGUCGAUCACGACUCCGGAUGGUACUCUCAGAGUACAGAUUGAGCAUGACAAAACGGUUCUUCGCCUGAUGCUCGAGCAGUUCGCAACAAUCUGGACGUUACCAAGACUACUCAAACUCUCAUAUGUCACUUUCAGCGAGUCUAUACCUGGCUCUCUGACUGAUCGACAUAUCAAGCGCAUAAUACUGCGCUUCGAUGCCCCCUUACACUCUAGGUGGCUGCAAUUUUUGGCGGACCCGCACAAAUACUUGAACGACGAUCAAUGA